AUGCUAUUGUUGCUCUACAUCAUUUCCGGUCUUUGCCCAGGACAUCUCUGCUCCAUCAACCAACUGCUGCAGUUCCCAGAAGAAACAAACCAGGAGGAUUUAGUAUUUCGUAUUAUACACGCAGCUCGCAGCCAGCCAACUGUUGUGAUGCCAGCACUCAUGAUGAUCCUCCAACAGGAUGAGGGCUCUGUCUGGGAGAAGGUGACCAUCUACCGCAGCCUUCGGGCUAUGCUGGAGCACGGCCUGGAGGUGGAGCCUGCCUGCAGCUUUGUUGUUACAGCCUCCAAACAGCUGAGAGCAUCUCUGGUGGAGGUGCCUCGGGAGCUCCAGGUGGCUGCCAGCAAUGCACUGGCUACUUUUGCUCGCCGACAUUUCAACAUCAUCAUGACUGAGCUUCAGAAGCACCUCAAGCCCUUUGUCCAGCCUGAUGAGUUCACUCUCCUCACUUUGGGCAAGAUCACAACCAUGAAUGUGUACAACUAUGUCCCCUUCUUUGGCAUCACCCUGACCACCAUGCAGACAGUCACACGUAAGAUUGAGGAUACCAGGAGACGCUGGGCCCUCUGUACAGGUGAGGCUUCCUGA